GCGAAAUUUCCAUUUUGCUCUACAUAAAUAGCAAUUUCCACAACAACAUCGUAUUCUAAAAUAUAAAUCAAGCUUCAAUACACAAAAUAAAACAAGUCGGAGAUUCUGUGCAUUUUGAAAAUUGCUGAUCAAAAGACUUAUCCUUUUAAUUAAAAAGUGCGAUGUGUAACGAUGACAAAGAACUAUCCAGAACAUAAAAUCAAUAAUAAUCUGAAAUCAGUAUACAAAAUAGUCAGAAAUAACGUGAUUUUAUCAAAUAUGCAACAGCAGAAAAUGUUCCGAAAUAACGGGAAAUUUAAAGAUUUAGUAAACAAACAAAAAUGCUAUGAUUUUGUCAGAUAAAAAAAACAAAUAUUAAAAAAUUUUCUGAAAAUGGUCAAACAAAGUGUGGGGGGAAAUGCUGUGAAUUUCCCUGACCCAAUUUUGGAAAAUACUAGAACUUUUAAAAAUAUUUUGUUUUUUAAAGAAUAGAUUUACUGCAAUUCUUAAAGUAUUUCCCGGUAUUUGUGUCCAUUCACUCCAAUGUACAGUUUUUCUUGUUAUGCUCGGAUAAUGUCUAUAUAUUUCCCGUCAUUUCCUAUCAAACUUUCUCAAACAUGCUAGAUCAAAUUCUGAUGAUAUUUUUUUAUAUUGGGAUAUUAGCUAAGCAUGUCGCUUAGUAGGUAAGUCACCCACUGAAGUCAUAUUUACAUGAAUUACGUUUCUAAAUCUGUCUACCUGGAUACUGUCAAACAAUCCAUAAAGCUGACGUUGUUGCAUCUUCCACGCCAGUACUAAAUUAAAACAAAUAGUUGAACCAUUUAUGUAUUCUAAAACCUUUACACAUAUUAUAUUUAGCAUACACUGGCAUCAAUCUCCCUACUUUAAAACCAAAACAGGUCACAGUAUCGUAAACAUUAUACGAUAAAAACUUGAAAAUUUUUUGUCAGAAAACGAUUCCCUGCAGAUGUUAAUUCUUUCACUUUGAAAAUUUAUUCAAACUUGAAAACGGGCCCCUCCAAAAUUUUGAAAACUUUUUCUACCAAUAUGGCCGUGUCGGACUCGCACAUUUUUAAAUAUUAAAUAAUUUUUAUGGGACGGAAUUCCCAAGUUUUCACCGUAGACCCAUCCCAGUGACACCUGUUCAGGACACACAGCCCACAUACACUUAUUUACUGAAUACUGAACUAAAUCUUAAUCUACGUCACGCAAUAAAACAUAUUGACUGUUCACAAGGCAAGAUGAAGACGUUGCUGUUUUUUCUGGCUGUAGUAGCCGCUGCUUUUGGUGCAGUAACUAUUCGUGACUGCAAAACCAAUGAUGACUGUAAUGAUGGUGAAUGCUGUGUACCAGAGUAUAGAUACCACAUAGUCAGCAAGAGGGUUCUACCUGACCUGCCUUUCCUGUCUAAACGAGAGGGCAGAUGUGAGGCCUAUAUUCAAAAAGGGGCCUCCUGUCACAGACAAUGGAUUGCCUACUGUGGCUGUGCCCCUGGUCUGGUCUGCAAUUACUACCCAUACGGCAAGAGCAAGAGAAUGUUCACCAUCAGGCCAGGGAAUUCCUUCUGUGAGGAAGGACCAAUUGAUGGCUAAGCAGAAAAAAAACUCCUAGAUUCGACUACCAGCUGAAAAGAGUUGCCACCAGAACUGUUGUUUUGGACAAUUUUCAAUAAGAAUAUCAAAAAUAAACAAGGCAGUAAAGCUGUCAAAUGGACUGAAAAAAGCAGAUAAUGAUGCAUAAACAAGGGUUAUUGUGCUAAUUUUGAUGCAAUAAAACAUUAUGCUUAACAGAAAAGUCAACUACAAAUUUUAUUUAUGCACAACAGGAAACACAGAUGUUAGGCACAUGUAGCUAGUUCAGAGUUGAAUCUUAAAAAUGAUAUGUGAAAAAUUAACUUUCAUGAAAAGUUGCAUAAUUUCAAAAUAAAUAAAUCAACAAGGCGGCAAAGCUGUCAA